ACUCCAAAGUCCCUGAUUACGUUUCUUGGCAUGUACGAAUUAACAUAUUGGCCAAAUUGAAGUUUCAAUUUCGAAGACCCGCUUUUCAUUUCUCUCACAAAUAAACAAUUGGAAUCCGGUUGUUAAGAGUGAACUUUCAUCUCUGGUUUGUUCAAGUGUGUAUCCCCAAAAGAGAAAGAACUCAGCGAAAAAGAAGUAGCAUCUGCGUCACAUUCUGUUUCCUUUUUCUUUUCUUCUUUAUUUUUUAUUAUAAUUUCCCCCCUCCUCCUCCUCCCAUCCUCAUAUGGAAAUUCCAAAACAUGAUUCUCAAUCAAAUUAUCAAUCUUUUUGGCUCCUUCUUCUACCCAACUACAAAAAAAUUUAAAAUUCAGCUUCCCCUGCUCUUCACUCAAGUCCCAAUAGUUGUGAUUCUUUUUUGGCGGUGAAGGAGGGAAAAAGCUUAAACCUUGUUGCAUUGGUGGUGGCAGGACCAUGGCCAGCACAAGUGGCACGAAGGGUCCUUUUGAGACAGAUUGGCAGCCAACAAAGAGGUUUGUGAGGGCUCAUACUAUAAAUGUCGACGACUUCCGAGACGAGGAAGGUGUUGUGGACACUGAGACUGUGCCUUCUUCACUUUCUGUGCUUGUGCCUGUUCUCAGAGCAGCCCUUGCCAUUGAAAAGGAGAAUCCAAGAGUUUCCUAUCUUUGAAGAGGAGCUUACAGAAAAACUUGGUAAAAGAAGUGAUGCUAGGGAGCUGCAGAACUACUACCAACAAUUCUAUGAAAAGAAAAUCCGUGAUGGAGAAUUUACCCAGAGACCGGAGGAGAUGGCUAACAAUGUUCACAUUGCCACUGUAUUGUAUGAAGCAAUGAAGACUAUGAUACCUUCAGAAAAAUUUGAGGAAAAGACAAGAAGAUAUGCCGAGGAUGUUGAUAGGAAGAGGGGGGAAUAUGAACACUAUAACAUCCAUCCACUAUAUGCUGUUGGUGUUAUACCAGCAAUCAUGGAACUUCCCGAGAUCAAAGCAGCAAUUAAUGCUUUAUGUAGGGUGGAUAAUCUUCCAAUUCCAGUAACUCGUGCAAGACGUGAUGUUUUUAUCGAUGAUUCUACAAUGCCUAUGGAGAGGCUUAAAAAAGUGAAUGAUAUACUUGAUUGGAUUGCGUCAGUUUUUGGGUUUCAGAAAGGAAAUGUAGCAAAUCAAAGGGAGAACCUUAUAUUAUUACUUGCCAACAUGAAAAUAAAGAACAGCGCUGAAUCAACUAAUCCGGUGAACUAUUAUUUCCUGCAAAAAGCUUUUGUUUUCUAG